AUGGCUUCAGCAGUUACGGAAGUCACUUGGUUGCUUGGCCUUUUUAAGGACUUAGGUGUCACCAUUCACGCUCAUAUUCCUGUGUUGAGUGAUAGUAAAUCAGCCAUUCAGCUCGCUCCACUCCCAUCUUCCAAUGAACGUACCAAAUACAUUGAGAUUGAUUGCCAUUUCAUUCGUGACAAGGUCAAGACUGGCUGGUCAAGACUGUCUUUCGCCGUUGAUGAGCUUGCUAGCUCAAGCUACAGCUCACUGAUUCUCGAUUAUUUUGGCAAUAUGAACCAAUUCUUAGUCAAGAAAUGUCUGGAAUGGAGGAUUGAUUCAAGGCACAAUCAAAAUGCUGUCUCUGCCAACCAUUUAGCAGGUAACUUAAUCGCGUUUAUGUAUGCUAUUAUUGUUUAA